ACUCUCUUCCCUCGCCAGCCUGUUAGCUCUGCUCCCGGCUGUCUCCGAGUCUAGCGCGCUGCGAGCCCAGCGCUGGCCUGGGAGCGAGGGGCACCGCCAGAGGAGCGGGCAGGCGAGCAGAGGGGGCGUAGGCGGCUUCUGUUGUAGGGCGAGCAGCCCGAAAUAAAACAAAACCAGGCAGAACAAAGCUCUGUCACAACUGUGCUUCCUGGUUGUCGCCUCCUGCCUGCAAACUACUGAACAUUUUCCACUUGAUAUCAUCAUGCAGAAAGGGAGAAACGAGACGCAAUGAGAGAUUCAGAUACCAAAAGAUUAAAGUCAGAUGCUCGUCUACAAACUGCCUAACCAUUGUCCUUCACUGGCGAGAUAAAAGGAAGAAGUCACGGAAAGAGAGGAACUACACCAGGCUUCAGAUUUUGGACUAUACGGCAAGACUCUGUAAGAUACUCGGUGUUUUCUCCAUUAGGGCUACAAUGGAGACACUGUCCCAGGACUCUUUGCUGGAAUGUCAAAUUUGUUUCAAUUAUUACAGCCCCCGACGGAGGCCCAAGUUGCUGGACUGUAAGCAUACCUGCUGUUCUGUUUGCCUUCAGCAGAUGAGGACAAGCCAGAAGGACCUGAGAUGUCCCUGGUGCCGAGGUAUCACUAAACUGCCACCGGGAUUUUCUGUAUCCCAGCUGCCUGAUGACCCAGAGGUGAUUGCUGUGAUUGCAAUUCCCCAUACUUCAGAGCACACCCCAGUCUUCAUCAAACUUCCUAGCAAUGGGUGCUACAUGUUGCCCUUGCCCAUCUCCAAGGAGAGAGCGCUGUUGCCAGGAGACAUUGGCUGUCGCCUCCUGCCAGGUAGUCAGCAAAAGUCUGUCACUGUGAUGACAAUCCCAACCGAGCAGCAGCCCCUGCAAGGAGGGAUCCCGCAGGAAGUCGGAGAGGAGGAGCAAGACAGGAGGGGCGUUGUGAAAAGCUCCACCUGGUCAGGUGUUUGCACUGUGAUCUUGGUGGCGUGCGUCUUGGUCUUCCUCCUUGGUAUUGUCCUCCACAAUAUGUCUUGCAUUUCCAAGCGUUUCACUGUGAUUUCCUGCGGCUGAAAAGGGUCUGCUCCCAGAAUACUCUGAUGGGAUAAUUUAGGGGUUGGGAAGGUGGUGGUGAUGACAGGCUCGAGUGAGAUGAUGCACUGCAACAUUGACCAAUUACUACAGAAUGCUUGAUACCGGACAGCUGUUUGACUGUCUGAAGGCAAUCCUAAAAGGUGAAAUGUGAGACCUCUCAGCAGAGUACAGAGAAAAUCAUAAUGAGCAUCUGAUGGUAACUGCAUUGAGGAAGACUGCAUGUGUCACCAUCCUCAUUGAUCAAAUGGACUGUAACUUCUAAUGAUUUUUAUCAUGUUAUGAGACUAAAGACAUCUACUUAGCUGGUUAUACUGUAAAAGUAUAUGAUAUGAUCACUCUGUCUUUAAAUGCAGUAGAUUAAACUCAAAAUGCUAUAUGUAUAAGUAGAAUUAAACAUGAGAAUCAGUGUAAGACUCAGUAAAGAUAUUCCAAUGCCAGUCCAUACAUAUUUUUUUUAAUGGGGGA